AUUCAUGAUGUUAAUUGGCAACGAAUUAAAAGUCAGGCAAUCAUUAAUGAAAAUAAUUUACGUAUGAAAUGGUUUAUUAAAAAUAAACAGCGAUUAUUGGAGAAUUUAUCAAAUGGAAAAAAUAGUAAAAUUGUUGAAAGUCAAAUUAAAAGUCUAAAAGACGAUAAUAAAUUGAUAAAACGUGAAGAAAAGAUACCAAAAGGCGAGAAUAUUGAUCAAUGUCCAUCAACUUCAGAUAAAGAAAAUGUUGGAAUUGAUUGUAUGCGUUCUGUUGAUCCUUCUACGUUGAAAAUUCUCUAUAAAAAAGAUAAAGAGUGUCGCAAUGAAGCUACAAAAUCAUAUUUACGCAAAAGAUACGAGUUACGACCGAAAGAUAAAUUUCAUAUGAUAGAGUGCUCCAAUUGGAUUUAUGGCUGGCAUACAAAUGAUCUUCCAGCUAUAUCAUCUUCAACAUUUGGAAAAAAGUUUAUUAUCUAUGAUAGUUUUUAUCGAAGAAAUUCAUCUUCUAUCAAUAGAGAUCCAGAUUUAUCCCGAAUUCCUCAAACAACAAACCCAAAAAAUUUUAAUGAGCUAUUAAAUUCAUAA